GUUGACUUGGCUGGAAGGAGGUUCAACAUUGGGACUAUUAAAGGUAUAGAUGUAAUUUAUGUGAUGACUGGAGAGCAACAGUGAAUGCAGGUAUGACUGUUCAAAUCCUACUUGAUACAUUUGAUAUCAUAGGAAUUGUUCAUUAUGGGAUUGCUGGAAGUUCUAAUGAUUCAGUGUACAUUGGUGAUGUUAGUGUCCCAAAUUAUGUUGCCUAUACAGGAUCUUGGACAUGGAAGGAAUUCAGGUCAGCAGAGGAGAAUGUAACAGAAUUGAAUUUUGGUAAUUUCAACUUCCCUGAGAAGGGAGAGAAUUUGUUGGCAAUGAUAGACUUCAUUCCACAGCAAUUGUACUCUGUUGGAAAACCAAUGGAAGAGGUUUUUUGGCUUCCAAUUGAUCCAAAAUUAUUCAAUAUUGCUUCUGAACUUCAGGAUGUAAAGCUAAAACAAUGUGUCAGUGAGACAUAUUGUCUACCUGAAACACCAAAGGUUGUAUAUGGAUUGAGAGGUUCUACUGCAGAUAUAUACCUUGACAAUGCAGCUUAUAGAGAAUUUCUCUUCAAAGCAUUUAAUGUCUCAACUUGA